GGAGCGAGCGCGCGAACGACGAACGCGCCGCGCGCACACGGAGGUCGAGGGCAGGGCCGCGGGAGGGACAGUGCGAUGGGAGGGGCCGUCGAGAGACACACAUCGAUAGGAAAGUUUGCAUGGAAGCCUGGCUUCACUUAAACACGCAAACCGAGGAAUUAGUUGGACAACAUUGCAGGACAGAAAUGCGUGUUGCUGUGAUUGGAGCUGGAGUAAUUGGUUUAUCUUCAGCUCAAUGCAUCAUUAAUCGAUUUCAACCCACAGUCAAGCCAUUAACUGUCAUCGUUUAUGCAGAUACUUUUACACCAGAUACUACAAGUGAUGGAGCUGCCGGGUUUUGGCAGCCAUAUGUACUUGACGAAGGGAAGCCGGAGGAAGUUAAGUGGAACAAAGAAACAUUUGAUUACCUACUGAGUUAUAUGAAUUCCUCUGAUGCAAAUGAGAUGGGAUUGUUUUUACAGUCUGGGUACAACAUCUUCAAAGAACCAGUGCCGGACCCAUCCUGGAAAGAUGCUGUUUUGGGAUUUAGACACUUGACAACAAAGGAACUCAAACUGUUUCCUGGAUUUAGCUAUGGUUGGUUUAAUACUACACUGAUGUUGGAGGGGAAAAGCUACCUGCCAUGGAUGAUGGCAAAGUUAAAAGAAUGUGGGGUCAAGUUUGUUGAAAAGAAAAUUUCUUCUUUCCAAGAGUUAGGUCCAUUCUUUGAUGUGAUUGUGAACUGUACGGGCAUCCGAGCUCAAGAGCUGCAGCCAGACCCAGAGUUGAAGUCUGCUCGAGGACAGAUUAUAAAGGUUUAUGCACCGUGGAUGAAGCACUUUAUUGUCUCUCAUGAUUUGAAAACUGGGAUUUAUUCUAUGCCAUACAUUUUACCAGGGAGCAAAUUAGUAACCAUGGGAGGAAUCUUCCAACUUGGAAAUUGGAGUGAGGAGAACAAUCCCAUAGACCACAACAAUGUGUGGGAAGGUGGCUGCAAGCUUGUACCCAGUCUGAAGAAUGCCAAGAUAGUAGAAGACUGGACUGGUCUUCGACCUGUCCGUAACAGAAUUCGUUUGGAGCGACAGACCUUCAAAUCAAGACCACAGACAUUUGAGGUGAUUCAUAACUAUGGUCAUGGAGGCUAUGGCCUGACUAUCCACUGGGGCUGUGCCAUGGAGGUAUCAAAUAUCGUUGACAAGAUUGUGCAGGAGAGGAAGCCCAGCUGGAAAAUACCAUCCCGACUGUAAUUCAUCUCAGUCACGCAGGCCAUUCUGUAUUCCCAUGAAUUCAACUUCUCUAGUGAUGAUCUACUAAAUGAUAUCAAAGCCGAUGAAAGCUUGGAAAUGGCCAUAUUUAGUGCUCAUGGUAAAUGUUUAAUAUCUCAUGUCUCAAAUAAUUCUGUUUUUAAGUAGUUAAUUUUUGUGACCACAUUAAGGCUCACAGGAUUGAUAAAAAUAAAUUUGAAAGUGAUAAUUUCUAUACAAUCUGCAAUGUUGGGAUCAAUUAAUGCCUCUUAAAGUGAGAUAUAACAGGUGAGAAACAGCGCUAUUUCUAUCCACUCAGUUAUCUGGGUGUUAGUUUGUCCUUGUCCAACCAUAAAAGUAAUCCUGACGAAUCGUGUCGAGAGAUUAGUAGGGUAAUUUAAAAAACAUAUAUUUCAAAGGUUUGUCAUUUGCCGAAAGGAACAUAAAUCAUAAUUUGACUUUGGCAAAACUUAGGCUAAAUUUAUGAUUUAUUAACUUUGUUCUUUCUGAUGGAGUUAACAUCCAGUCAUCUAAAUGAAAAUAACAAACUUUUGAACACGUUUAAUAGCGUUUUACUGAGAUCAGCAUUGUUUUACAAUUAUCCAUCUCGUAAUAUCGUGGACAAGGAAAAUGGGAGGUUGAGCAUCAUAUUUCAGUGAUAAAAAACUAUUAACAAAGAUAAUAUAUCACUCGCUAAUACAAUUUAAAAUACUGCAUAGACUUUAUUACUCAAAGUCUAAACUGAAUAAGAUCGUCCCAAAUGUCUCCCCUAUUUGUGAUAAAUGUCUUCUCCAAGAAGCAACCAUAACCCAUUCCUUUGCUUCCUGUAUAAAGUUAUACAACUUCUGGAGGGGAAUUUUUGAUAUUUUUUCUAAAAUACUUAAAAUAAAAUUGGACCCCGACAUAGAAUUGAUCACACCAGGUACGUCAGAAGCCUGUUCUGAGCUAACAUUAUUUCAAAGACGUUUCCUUAACUAUGGCCUGAUAACGGCGAAAAAAACUAAUACUUAAAUUUUGGACACACACGUGAAGAUGUGGAUUACAAACAUGUCCGAGACACUACAUUUGGAAAAUAUUAAGCUUGUCUUGGCAGAAAAACCAGAUCAAUUUUUCAAGAUAUGGACACCCUUACAAGGAUAGUAUGGCGCAACUCAAAUCUAAAUUUAAAUCCGAUUCUGGGUUGGGUGAGGUGGGUGAGGUGGGGGGGGGACGAGGGGCAGGUAUAUAUCCACUCUCCUUUUUUCUUUUUUUUUUCUUUUAUCUCUACUUUAUUUUUGGCCACACUACUUUGGUGGUCUAUGUGCUUUUUCGAGAUAUCUUUUCACCUCUCACUUUUUCCCUCUCUUGUUCUCUCUCUCUUUUCUUUCAUUUUCAGGUUAUAAGGUUAAAAAUGAAGCUGUACAACAAUUGUAUAAUUUUAGAUGCCGAAUGUUUUAUCUUUGUACAAUUGCUUCUAAAAAAACAAAAAAACAAAGAUAAUGUAUUUCUAGUGGUUUUUUGACUGAUCAUUAUAAUAGUUCCAACAAUUUUUUACGUUUUAAAAAGUAGAAAAUCGAUAUAUUUUUUAACAUCAGGUAUAAAAAUUAAGGUCACAAUUGAAAUUCCUCCCAUUACAUCUUCACAUUAGCAAUAAGUAAUUGCUAGUUAUUUGGUAAAAGUGAAUAAAUUGCUAUAAUAUAAUUGAUUUAGUGAUUGCUUGUUCACAACAACAAGAAAUAUUGUAUGAUGACAUUGUUGGCUUUGUGAUGAGAAAUAACAAAUCAUCCAGCUUUUUUAUAGUCUUAUGAAUUUAUAAUAAAUGAGUUCAAUAAAAUUUUAAAUGAAUUACAAAAAUAUUCUUAAUUCUUAGUUCUGUUUUAGUGUUCUCCAGUUAAUUUAAAAUAUCUUAUUUACAUCGAUCAGAAAAAAGUUGUAUUUCUGUAACAGGCCAUCAUGUAAACACUGCAUAUUGUGCAAAUAAUAAAAUGUUCCGGAUGAC